UGCCCUCUGUUCUUUUUUUUUUGCUGCGCAGCUUUUAUUCACCAGCCGCCGCUUUUUUUUUUCCCCUCUCCUGCUCUUUCCAUUACCAAUUGAACAAGCCACCAUGAGUCGGAUCUCUUUCAGAUCAUCUACUGGAGGGAACAUGAGGGGCUUUAGCUCAGGCUCUGCUAUCGUAGGAGGUGGCGGUGGUACCAGAAGCAGUUUUAGCUCCGUCUCUGUCUCCAGAGUUGGAGGAGGAAGAGCCGGAGGUGGAGGAGGCUUCGGAGCUGGUGGUGGCUUCGGCAGCAGAAGUCUCUAUAACCUAGGUGGAAGCAAAAGAGUUUCCUACAGCUCAGUUGGUGGUCUACGGAGUGGAGCUGGUGGUGGAUACGGCUUUGGUGGAGGAGCUGGCUUUAGUGUUGGCUGUGGUGGUGGAGCAGGCACAGGUUUUGGCUUAGGAGGAGCUGGUGGUGGUGGCUAUGGGCUGGGCAGUGGAUUUGGGCUGGGAGGUCCCGGAUUUGGUGGUCGAGGUGGCCCCGCGUUCCCUGUUUACCCACCCGGUGGCAUCCAUGAAGUGACCGUCAACCAGAGCCUCCUGGCACCCCUCAAGCUGGAUAUCGACCCAGAAAUCCAGAAGGUGCGAACACAGGAGAGGGAGCAGAUCAAGACCCUCAACAACAAAUUCGCCUCCUUCAUUGACAAGGUGCGCUUUUUGGAGCAGCAGAACAAAGUGCUGGAGACCAAGUGGAGCCUCCUCCAAGACCAAGGUCACACAGUCACCAGGAAGUCCCUUGAGCCCCUUUUCGAAGCCUACAUCAACAACCUCAGACGGCAGCUGGACAACCUGAUAGGAGAGAGGGGGAGGCUGGACUCUGAGCUGAGGAACAUGCAAGACAUGGUGGAAGACUUUAAGAACAAAUAUGAAGACGAGAUCAACCGGCGCACCGGUGCAGAAAACGAGUUCGUGGUUCUCAAGAAGGAUGUGGAUGGUGCUUAUAUGAACAAGGUCGAGCUGCAGGCCAAAGCAGAUGCGCUGGCAGAUGAAAUUAACUUCCUGAGAGCUCUCUACGAAGCGGAAUUGUCCCAGAUGCAGCAGCAAGUAUCUGACACCUCCGUGGUCCUGUCCAUGGACAACAACCGUAACUUGGACCUGAACAGCAUCAUCGCAGAGGUCAAAGCGCAGUAUGAGGACAUUGCCAACCGGAGCCGGGCAGAAGCUGAGGCUUGGUACCAAAACAAGUACGAGGAACUCCAGGUCUCUGCCGGGCGUCACGGUGAUGACCUGCGCAACACCAAGAUGGAAAUUUCAGAGAUCAACCGGAUGGUCCAGAGGCUGCGGAACGAGAUCGAGAGUGUGAAGAAACAGUGUGCCAACCUCCAAGCAGCCAUCGCCGAGGCAGAGGAGCGUGGGGAACUGGCCCUCAAAGAUGCCAAGGCCAAACUGGCUGAGCUAGAAGAUGCUCUGCAGAAAGCCAAGGCUGACCUGGCCCGGCAGCUCCGCGAGUACCAGGAGCUCAUGAACGUCAAGCUGGCCCUGGACAUCGAGAUCGCGACCUACAGGAAGCUGCUGGAGGGGGAGGAGAGCAGGCUUGCCGGAGAGGGAGUUGGAGCCGUGAGCGUCUCCGUGGUCAGCAGCUCCAGCGGCAUGGGCUACGGCGGCGGCAGCAGCCUGGGCAUGGGCGGAGGUCUCAGCAUG